AUGAAAUUGCUGGAUCGCCUUUAUCUGCACCUAGUCCUGGCGUGUUGCCUUGCCCUCGCCCACAGCAGCAGCAGCAGUCUGGAUGCCCCCCAGAAACCGCCGAUGGGUGCUGCUGCCGAGCAGAGUGAUGCAGACAGGAAGGUAGCGGCCAAUGCUUCCAAAGAAUCGCACAAUCUGCAGUCUGACGAACCUCAGGGGCCCUCCGUGGAGCUAAACUAUGGCAUUUCUGCAGACCGACACGGUAUUCUGUCCUGUGAGAACACCUUCACUGUGCGCGACUCCGUAGCGCACCUGCAGUGCUCCGGUCCCAGAUGA